CAAGCCUCGUGUGCAAAGCAAUUCUGCUACCUGUGUCGGUCCGUGUAUCCGAGGCUCUUGCAGCUUGUCAAUUCUAUUUCUAGCGCUUCGGUCGAUGUCUCGGUGACAUGACCCAAGUAGCUAAAGAUGCGGCCAAGUUUCUGAAGAGCACUCUACGUCUGCCUUCUUCGACGUUUCCACCUCGACCACAUCCUACGGAUGUCGCAAAAUACCUCCCAAAAUGUACCGAUGAGCUCUAUGCAUGGCAGCGACGCGAGAGGCCUGCCUCGAACACCUUUAUCCUCCAUGACGGACCUCCCUAUGCGAACGGCGAUCUGCACGUCGGACACGCGCUCAACAAGAUUAUCAAGGAUAUAAUAUGUCGAUCUCGGCUUGCGGAGGGCAAAAGGAUAGACUAUGUUCCUGGAUGGGAUUGCCAUGGGCUGCCUAUCGAGCUCAAAGCGUUGGAACACCAUGGCUGGGCUCGUGGACAAGGGGUCGACCCUGUGGCCAUACGAAAAGCGGCGCGCAAGUUUGCCUAUAAGACGGUCGACAAGCAGAUGGCAGGAUUCCGGUCUUGGGGUGUAAUGGGUGACUGGGAAAAUCAUUGGCUGACCAUGCAGAAGGACUUUGAGUUGAGGCAGUUGUCCGUGUUCCAAGCCAUGGCAGAGCAUGGCUUGAUUUAUCGCAAGAACAAACCUGUGUACUGGUCACCGUCUUCCGGGACGGCUCUCGCGGAAGCAGAGCUCGAAUACCAGGAGGACCAUGUGUCUAAUGCGGCUCUGGUCAAGUUCCAGCUUAAUGGCAGGAUCACUUCUGUCGAUGAGCCAGUUUAUGCACUGAUCUGGACCACCACGCCCUGGACUCUGCCUGCCAAUCAGGCCAUCGCGAUCCAUUCAGGACUUCAGUACUCCCUAGUGCGGCUGGGUAGCCAUGGACUGAUCAUCGUAGCGCGGUCGAGAAUACAAUACCUCGAAGAAACAACUGGGCAUCAGGCAGAAAUUGUAAUGGAAAACAUACCCACCGAUCAAGUUUUACAGAGCACCUACUCUGGUAUUGCACAGCUAGCGUCAGGUCCAGAAAGAAGACCCGUCAUACACGCGGACUUUGUCUCUGCUGAUAGUGGUACCGGCCUUGUUCAUUGCGCACCAGGCCACGGCAUGGAAGAUUACGAGGCUCUGCAACCUCUGAUCAAGAGUGGCAGCGUGUCGGUGAAAGCACCGGUCGACAACCUCGGCCGCUUCGACGACACUGCAUCUCCAAGUGACCCUAGUAUGCUUGCUGGGAAGUAUGUUUUCAAGGAAGGGAAUCAAGCCGUGCUGAAUUUGUUACAAAUGGAGGAUCUCCUGGUGCACCAGCACAGCUACAAGCACAAGUACCCGAUCGACUGGAGGACCAAGGAGCCUGUCAUCAUUCGUGCGACCGCACAAUGGUUUGCUGAAAUUUCAAAGAUCCGAGCCGACACAUUAAGCGCUCUCGAUAGUGUGCAAUUCUUCCCUGAAUCGGGGAGAAGUCGACUCCGGAGUUUCGUCGAGAACAGAAGCGAGUGGUGCAUAUCUCGUCAGCGCGCUUGGGGUGUGCCUAUUCCUGCAAUCUACCACAAAUCCACGGGCGAGGCGGUUCUGACACCUGAAAGCGUCACACAUAUCACCAAUGUCAUCAAAGAACGUGGUAUCGAUGCUUGGUGGUCGGACGCACCAGACGACCCAGCAUGGAUCAGUCCUGGACUUUCAUCCGACACAACUGGCUUUGUCCGCGGCACAGAUACGAUGGACGUCUGGUUCGAUAGUGGUACCAGUUGGAUGUAUAUGCUCAAAGAUCAGGACAACUUUAAGCCUCGGUCAGGUCCCCUGGCAGACGUCUACAUGGAAGGUACAGAUCAGCAUCGAGGCUGGUUCCAGUCAAGUUUGCUCACGAACAUUGCCUAUCAGAAGUCCACGCACCCGGACGCUUCUUCGUCUCACGCUCCAUUUCGUAUCCUCGUCACACAUGGUUUCACACUCGAUGCGCACGGCAAAAAGAUGAGCAAGUCUCUCGGUAAUGUCAUUGCACCAGAUCAAAUCAUUGCCGGCAUUGAGCCAGCUGUCAAGCCUACUGCGAAGAAACAGAAACGAGAAAACCACCCCCUGGGACCAGACGCGCUGCGGUUGUGGGUGGCCAGUAGUGAGUGGACGAAGGAUGUGGUGAUCAGCGAGAAGGUGGUUUCUGCGGUGCAUAACGCUCUGGACAAAUACCGGCUUACCUUCAAGAUGUUGUUGGGCAUGCUUGCAGACUUCGACCCGGCCAUGGCAGUUCCGUACAAUCAGAUGUCGCGACUGGAUCAGAUCGCCAUGCACCAUUUAUACUCUGCAGGCACAGCUGUUCGAAAGGCAUACAGUGACUUGGAAUUCCACAAGGCGGAAAGUAGUCUCUAUCGCUGGGUUGCGAUGGACUUGUCGAGUUUUUACUUUGAGGCGAUCAAGGAUACAAUUUAUUGUGACAAGCCUGCCAGCGAGAGAAGAUUGAGUGCCCAGACAGCUCUACACCAUAUUUUCUGUCAGCUGCAGGAGAUGUUAGGUCCAAUCACUCCCUUGCUCGUCGAAGAGACUUGGGCAUAUGCACCAGAAGCAUACAAGACAGGUAUGGAACAUCCGCUGAAAAGGGUAUGGGGAAAUCUACCUCAGAGGUGGCAUGACACACGACUUCAGAAGACACUCCCAGCACUCAUGGCUAUUAAAUCGAGCGUGAACGGUGCACAAGAAGGUGCGAGAACGAGCAAAUUAAUGGGACAGUCAUUGGCGUCGGAUGUGACUCUCUAUCUCUCGAGUGCUGUGGACGUGUCGAGUAUUCCGGAAGAGACAUGGAAAGAAAUUCUAGUUGUGUCGGGGUUUCAGAUACUACAUGGAGAUGGUGAGCAACCUGGAAAUACUGGGGAUCUAAAUAUGCAGGAUGGGGGUAAAUGGGCCAGAGCAAAUGAGAUUGUGUCGACCACCGGAGAGAAGAUCGGACUUGCUCUAGUCCAGAAUCCUCAAAAGGACAAAUGCUCAAGGUGUUGGAAAUACGUGGUGGGAUCUGAGGAGUCAGAGACUUCGACGCAAUCAUCUGAGACGAGCGCGUCAGGUGAACCUCCUCUUUGUGACCGAUGUACAGAUGCUGUUGCAGAGUUUCGCCAGUGAAGCGACUGAACGGAUCAAACGAAGAUAUCCCUGUACCAACAUAUUACUCGUUACUACUGUGUAUAGUUAGCUUGUUGCAUCUUUACUCCAAUGUGAAAGGAAACAGUGUCCC